CUCUCCUCCUCCAGGCUCUCUCGUGCCGGACAGGGAUAGCGCAAGCUAGGAAGCAGCUAGAGGUGACGCCGGGCAUUUACGCCUGUGGCAGAGCCUAGCCAGAGUAGAGCGGAUCGCUGAACGCUACGCAGAGGAGCAGCGGGAGUGUCAAGCUCGCAGUCGCCGAGCCGAGCCUGUUCCUGCCCCCGACCCGCCGAAGACUCCAAACAGUAGAGACCCCCGGACAACUGAGGUGAUGGCUUCUUCGACUCCUUCUUCGUCCGCAACCUCCUCGAACGCUGGAGCAGAUCCCAAUACCACCAAUCUGCGCCCCACAACAUAUGACACUUGGUGCGGCGUGGCCCAUGGAUGUACCAGAAAACUGGGGCUGAAGAUCUGCGGCUUUUUGCAAAGGACCAACAGCCUGGAAGAGAAGAGCCGCCUCGCGAGCGCCUUCAAGGAGAGGCAGUCCUCCAAGAACCUGCUUUCCUGUGAAAACAGUGACCGGGAGGCCCGGUUCCGACGCACAGAGACAGACUUCUCCAACCUGUUUGCCCGAGAUCUGCUUCCAGCAAAGAAUGGGGAGGAGCAAACUGUGCAGUUCCUACUGGAAGUAGUGGACAUACUCCUCAACUAUGUCCGUAAGACAUUCGAUCGCAGCACCAAGGUGCUGGACUUUCACCACCCACACCAGUUGCUGGAAGGCAUGGAGGGCUUUAACUUGGAGCUGUCUGACCACCCUGAGUCCCUGGAGCAGAUCCUGGUUGACUGCAGAGACACAUUGAAAUAUGGAGUUCGAACAGGUCAUCCUCGAUUUUUCAACCAGCUCUCCACAGGAUUGGAUAUCAUUGGCUUAGCCGGCGAAUGGCUGACAUCAACUGCCAAUACCAAUAUGUUUACAUAUGAAAUUGCACCAGUGUUUGUACUCAUGGAGCAAAUAACACUUAAGAAAAUGAGAGAAAUAAUUGGAUGGUCAAGCAAAGAUGGCGAUGGGAUAUUUUCUCCUGGGGGAGCCAUAUCCAACAUGUACAGCAUCAUGGCUGCUCGCUACAAGUACUUCCCGGAAGUUAAAACAAAGGGCAUGGCCUCCGUGCCCAAACUGGUCCUCUUCACCUCAGAACACAGUCACUACUCCAUAAAGAAAGCUGGGGCUGCACUUGGCUUUGGAACUGACAACGUGAUUUUGAUAAAGUGCAAUGAAAGGGGGAAGAUAAUUCCAGCUGAUUUGGAGGCAAAAAUUCUUGAAGCCAAGCAAAAGGGAUUUGUCCCUCUUUAUGUCAACGCAACUGCUGGCACAACUGUUUAUGGAGCUUUUGAUCCAAUACAGGAGAUUGCAGAUAUAUGUGAGAAAUACAACCUUUGGCUGCAUGUCGAUGCUGCCUGGGGCGGUGGGCUGCUCAUGUCCAGGAAGCACCGCCAUAAACUCAGCGGCAUAGAAAGGGCCAGCUCAGUCACCUGGAACCCUCACAAGAUGAUGGGCGUGCUGCUGCAGUGCUCCGCCAUUCUGGUCAGGGAAAAGGGUAUACUCCAAGGAUGCAACCAGAUGUGUGCAGGGUACCUCUUCCAGCCAGACAAGCAGUAUGAUGUCUCCUAUGAUACUGGCGACAAGGCAAUUCAGUGUGGCCGCCAUGUGGACAUCUUCAAGUUCUGGCUCAUGUGGAAAGCAAAGGGCACAGUGGGAUUUGAAAAUCAGAUCAACAAAUGUCUUGAACUGGCUGAAUACUUGUAUGCCAAGAUUAAAAACAGAGAAGAAUUUGAGAUGGUCUUCAAUGGUGAGCCUGAGCACACAAAUGUCUGCUUCUGGUAUAUUCCACAAAGCCUCAGGGGUCUUCCAGAUAGUCCUGAGCGACAGGAAAAACUCCACAGGGUGGCUCCAAAGAUCAAAGCUCUCAUGAUGGAGUCGGGCACAACCAUGGUUGGCUACCAGCCUCAGGGGGACAAGGCCAACUUCUUCCGAAUGGUCAUCUCAAACCCAGCUGCUACCCAAUCUGACAUCGACUUCCUCAUUGAGGAGAUAGAAAGACUGGGCCAGGAUCUGUAACUGCCCUUUACAGAACAGGAGUUGAUGGGAAUUCCCUUUCCUUUGGCAAUCUAGGUCAAACCUCUAUCCAUUGCUGAAACACCUCUGCCAUUUCACUGAAGGAAAACAUAAUAUUUUGAAGAAUAGUUGUUACAACCUUACUGAAGCUUGUUUGUUAGAGUUAGCAGGAAAUAAUGUUCUUUUUUAUUUAAAAAAAGUUGCACAUUAGAAACACAGUAUAUAUGUACAGUUAUAUAUACCUCUCUCU